GUGCUCAGGAUUUUAACAUUUUUGUGGGGAUGAAUGCAAGCUUAUUGGGGUGUCAGAUGUUGAGAGUGCCAGUCAAUGUGUAGGCGGGAACUACAACCUUACCUACAUGGUUUUAGUUCUUGAUACAAUAAAUAUUGUUUAAAGCAAAUGUUAAGUCGUGUGUUUGCUUAAUCUUUAAAUGACAAUAUAUGAGCCUACAGUAGCGCGAUUAUUAUACAGGUAGGUGAAAAGAGAACCGUGCCCGUUUGUCAAACAUACUGUUGGUUUUGAUCGUUCCUAAAUACAAUACAGUGUACAGCUGAUGAUCAUAUCACUUUAGGUUCUGACAUAUUCAGACGACAGAUAAAUGUACAAGAUUACCAUCUGCUUAAAAUGUGCUAAUAUAUGAAAGAAGUCGCUAAUAUUGGUCACCAUCUACACUAACUGACAGCAUGCCCAAAUCUAAGAGGAAAACCCGUCAGAACCACCGCCAACCCUCGGCGACAGUGCAUUUACCGAGGCAGUCAUCCCUAGGGGAAACACCACAUAGUAUGCCUUCCCAGAAUAUGUAUGUCCGCAGGUCCACCUUGAAAUUCGACGAUGAAGAGAAAUGGGAGGAGGAGACUGUAACAAUGUGGGACGACGACUUACUAUACUCAGAAGCAUUCAUGAGUGAAAUCGUUCCUUAUGGAAUUAAACAAAGUGAUUUUGAACCUGGGAAUGUACAUUUCAAGCAGAUAUUUAACCAGAAAGAUCUACUGAAUGAGAAAGUAGACGCAUGGAAAAAAAUAGCUGAAGAAGCAAAACGACACAUGGAACGCAAAGAAACCAUGACAGGCAGAAAAGGUAUAGAAUACGAAAUGGAAAACGAUACUGCACAUGUCGACAUAGAAGCUGAUACAAGCGUUACAACAGGCACUAUAGUAAACGUUCAAAUAGCCACUGAAACAAACGCAAGCGGUACAGAUGAGCCUUUUGAAGAUGGCAAUGCUGGAUCUUGUUUCUGCUGCUCAUGUUACACUGAUUUCGAUCAUAAUGAUGGAGUAAAAUGCUGCAGUAUACAGACAGGCAUUUCGCUGCCCUGCUUCAUCGUAGUCGUAAUAAUUGCCGUUUUAAUAUUCCCAUUAACGUUUGUCAUCGCGUUAUUAAUGUUUUUCUUUUGUUGUCCUAUCAUGAAAAUUUUUGAAACCCGAAAGAACUCUCGAAAACAGGCGAGUGGCAAUACAUGAUUAUGAUAGCCUCCAUGGUGGGUUACCAGG